AUGGAUAUAAAAGGAUUUUUAGCAAAUGGCGAAUCAGCCGAGGUUAAUAUUGAUGCAUUAGGCCGAAUUAAUAGCAAGUUAUUCUCAAUGUCAGACUAUUCGUGGAAAGUUGAAACCGACUUUUUCAUAAUGAAACCAAAAUUGGCAGAAGAACAAAGUGAAUCUUUGAAAAGGUCCAUUAUCAGCCGUUCGGAACUCAUUGCUGCCUUUACUGGUACAACUGCCGAGUUUGCAGCUGAACAGUCAAGACUGCAAGUGCAGAUAGGAGUAGAUGGCCAGAGCAAGAUCUUGUUCAAAACGCAGCAGUUAAGAAGCCGGAUUGUGGAAAAAAUGUUAUCAGAAUUUCGACAGUCACAUUUUUUGUGCCCAGAUUUAGUGCUUGCAGUUUCUUUGUUAAAGCUUUUUACCACUUAUAACAUAUCUUGUCACUGUGACACUCGUAUGGGUGAGGAGUUAAAUUUGAGUUUACCUGAGCAACCAGUAAUUGCCAUACUAAGAAUUAAUAGUUAA